GAACCGGACGUCAUUCACGAUCUUCACGAACCCCGCCAUCGACCGGAAUUGGGUUUGUCGCGGUCAGCCCAGGUGAGAGCGACCCACUUUAACAUGCCGAGGUGUGCUAAACACAGGGUUAGGGCUUGGGCAAAAAACAUGGCAAGAACAGAUAGGUCAAUAUUUGGCAGGAACGAAAUAGUUUUGCAGGUUGUGAAAAGGGAAAGAACACUCGGUCCGUCCUUAGAUGGAAAGUGCAUGUCCUCAGCCCAAGCGUCUGCCUCCAAUCCGGUUUGCCUCUUCUCUUGUCCCCGGCAUCAGUGUCCCACCCACGCUCUUAUCUCCGCUGCCACUUCACUCCCCAUCAUUGCUGUCCUCUGGCUUAUAAACAGAAGCAAAAUAAUUCGCUGUCGUCGUUUUAUCAUGAGACUCAACCGUGUCGAUACACCACUCAGCCGGGCACGCCGGGAAAAUAUGUCCGAGAGGUCACAGGUGGUUCUGUUACAGGGUCUUAUCGACAAGCUAAUGGCAUGGCGGAAUCUAGAACUCGGUGCGGGUCGAUAGAAAAAAGCUUAACGUAUGCAAGAUCGGUUCUAGCUCGACACAACCCCACAAUCUACUCACACCCGAUUCGCCUAUAUCAACGCAUGUCUCCUCCAAGAGGAAAAGUCAACGCUUCAAACUGCGAGCUGAGCGGUGGGGCUGUCUCAAUAUCGCAUAGCCGCGACCCCAAUGGCAAGCUGAGAAGCCGCGUCGGGACUCCUCCGCAGCUAUCAGAUGCAGAGUCCCGUUUCUGUUCCUAGUUCAUAGGACUAGAAUUCUCGUCGAGCAGGAAUCCAGGAUACUCACAGUGUUGUCAACAAAGCCAAGUGCACGCCACGGAGCAAAUACACAGCUGAACGGAUGGUCUGGACUCUCCCUUGCAGUAUUGGGGGCGUUUCUGAGGCCCAGACCGCGGAAGACGCAGUCGUGAGCGUCUGGGGCCGGGUCGUCGUGGUGCGAGUAAAGUCCAGCGAGAUGGAUAAGACGACAGGAAAAAGUGUAUAAGAUGACGGUCUCGCUCUUCUGGAAACACUCGCAACACAACAACUUGACCUCUUCAAAUCCUUACAUUUGCCCUACCAACAAUCUGCAAUCGUCAUCAUGAGCACCAUUAUUGACGCCCCCCUUCCCAUUCCCCCUCCAAGCGUGGUGGAGGCUGUUGCGAAGCCCGAAGACAUUCUUGCGCAGCCGGAUAUUGAUGAGAAGAAUGAGAAACGGAAUCUCAGUAUCGGCGAAGAGAAAUUUCUGGAUAUUGACCCAGGUGUCUUCGACAAUGAGAUGGUCAAGCUCGCAGACGGCGAUGUGACAAAGGGCACCUACACGGGAACCCAGGCGGCGCUGACCCACGCGUACGCCCGUAUCGAACGAAGUUACGAGACAUACUUUGAUGCUCUGCAGAUUGAGCCAACCCUCCCUCGUUACGUUGAGAAGGACUUGAAGAAGGAGUUGUACCAGUGGUCCGACUACCCAACCAACAGGGAUGGCACGCCAGCCCAGUAUCCCCCUCAUCUCCAGACUAUCCCGCGCGAGGACCAAGUCUCACAGACCGAUCUUUUCAACAGGCUCGGCCUGGCAAACACUUUGCUCAUGAUUGCCAAGCUCGUGCCUGAUACUUGGUACGGCAAGACGGCCGACUGGGGAAUCAGCAUUCUUCAGCGCGCCUUCAACGGCAGCCCCAUGGACGGCACUAUCAAGCAGAUCGAGGAGUACAACAGAUCGCACCGCAAGUCUCCUACAGACAUCGAGGAGGGAAAGAAUAUUGGCUUGUUGCCUGACUGGUUCACCGAUCGCCGCUUCGCCGACCAGUCCUUCACCGGCACCAACCCAACCAGUAUUACCGUCGUGCCAGAGGCCCUCCUCAACGAGUUCAUAGCCGCUGCAAAGCAAGGUGGCUACGACAAAUGGGCCACCAUCCUGCCGACCAUUGAUCCCGCGACAUUGUAUGUCCAGGAUGCGCGUAACAUCCGCCGUAGUUUGGGAGUCGACGAGAAUGAGACCCUGUUCAACAAGGAGCCCAAGUCGGAUGACAGCUGGGGUUGCGCCGCCGUCACUCUCUUCCAACUGCACCCCACCGGCGAGCUGCACCCCAUCGCCAUCUGCACCGACUACAAGGGUGACAGUCUGGCGACAUCUGUUACCAUCUUCAACAAGCGCAUGCUGCCAACGGACUCCUCGGAGGGUGAGGAGCAUGAUUGGCCAUGGCGCUAUGCGAAGACGUGCGCGCAGGUAACCGACUUUCUCCGGCACGAGGUGAGUGUCCAUCUCACGCAGGCACAUCUCGUCGAGGAAGCCCUGAUUGUGGCCACCCACCGCACUGUGCCCAUGGAGCACAUCAUUUACCGCUUGCUCUCGCCCCACUGGUUCAAGACACUGUCGCUCAACGCGGCCGCGCGCGCGACACUGGUUCCUCAAAUCAUCAAAGACAUCGUCGGAGUCAAGCCCGAUAACCUUUACCAGUAUGUCCGGUCCGAGUUUGAGAGCUUUGACUACGUUGGGCGUUACAUUCCCAACGACCUCGCGAGCCGUGGCUUUCCCAACACCGCCGAGGGUCUGGCGGCUCCACAAUACCGCAACUACGCCUAUGCCAAGAAUAUGUUGUCCAUGUGGUACUGCAUCCGCCGGUAUGUGAAGAGCAUGCUCCUCACGUACUACACUGAAGCCACGGCCGACGCCGUUAUUAGCAAGUGCGAGAUCAUCAAGGCGUGGUACACCGAGGUGCAGACAGCAGCCCACAUCAAGACUUUCCCUACCAUCACCACACUUGACCAGCUGAUCGAUGCUGUAACGAUGAGCAUUCAUAUCGCUGCGCCUUUCCACUCGGCUGUCAACUACCUCCAGAACUUUUACCAGGUGUUUGUCAUUGCCAAGCCGCCCUGUCUUUGCUCCCCGCCACCAACUACCCUCGACCAGUUGAAGGGGUACGAGGAGGCCGAUCUUGUCAAGGCGCUGCCUAUUGGCCGCCAGAGGCAGUGGUUGUUGGCUGCGCAGAUUCCUUGGUUGUUGUCUUAUAAGGUUUCCACGGAGCGCAGUCUCAUCUCCUUUGCGCAGUCGCAGUGGUGGUCACGCAAGUACGCCCAGACCACUAAGGAGAAGGCGGUGCGUGACAUCAGUGAGAGGUUCCACGACGACCUCCGUGCGCUAGAUGUCGAGUUUACUCAGACGAGCAAUAACAUGAGCGAGGGGAGCAUCCCUUACAUGGUCAUGGACCCGGAUAACACAGCGGUUUCCAUUUUGAUCUAG